AUGUAUCAAAAAGGGAUAAAAAGUGAUAAUGAAUCUUCACCUAUUCCUUUAAAGUCGCAAAAAGAUGGUUGUGUACAAAGAGUACCUUAUGCUUCAGUUAUGGCAACAUUAAUAUGUUUUAUUGGUGUUAUUAUGUUUUCUAUUAUGAUGAUAUGGUCAUUUAAAGCAUCUGUUGAACAGUAUAGAAGAGCAUUACAUAUUGAUAAUUUACCAUGGCUUGAUAAAAUUCAUAUAUUUUUUAUAGUAUUAGCAUCAAUAAUGAUAUUAUUUUCUUUAUAUAUGUUAAUAAUAGGUAUUAUGUCAACGGGAAGUACUAGAGAAGAACUUUAUAAACAAAGUUAUGCAAGAAAAAGUGGUAGAUGUUCAUGUAUUAUAGGAAUGAUUUUAAGUUAUUUAUUAAAUAUAUGUUGGAUUAUCAUAAUAUCUAUAACAGCAAUAUUAUGUUUUAUUUAUUAUAUAUUUUUAAAUUUAUGUGGAACAUUAGAAUCUUAUAAUGAUUCAAAUUGUUUAGAUUUUACAUUAUUCAAAUCAUUACUACAACAAUACACAUCAUCGAAUAUAAUAUUAUGUGGAGGUGAUGUACAACAAUUUUGUGCAUUAUCUAAUUCAGUUUUUCCUUGGUAUAUUGUUGGCUAUAUUGGUAGUGGAAUAGUUUCUUUAAGUCUUACUCAAUUUAUGAUAUGUAAUGCAGCAAAUUAUGCACAUAUAAAUAAUGACAAAAGAUAUCUUGAUAUUAAAGAAGUACUAAUGUAUGAAGGACAAAAAUGUGAUUAUAAUCAGGUAAUGCCUACACAUAAUGGAAACUUUUCAAAAAUAAGAAAUCAAUUUAAUAAAUAUGACAAUAGAAGACUAGGAAGUCAGCAAAUGUUAUAUCAUAAUGAUAAUUUUUAUAAUAGAGUUAAAAACAAUUACUAUAAUAAUGAUGCUCCAUUUACAUCAAUUGAUUAUAAAAAUACUACUUAUGGUAGAAGAUCUUAUCAUUAUGAUUAA